GGCCCCGAGGUGCACCCCAGUCCUCCGGGAGGUGGUGGUUUCCUUUCGCCGUCAGGGUAGCCUGGCGACCCUCUAAACUGCAGGCACUCAUACUAAGCAAAAGUCCAAACUCCAGUUGUGGGAGGGAAGUGUCAUCCUGGCCCCUCCCUCCAGCUCGUAGUGUGUGGAGCAAUUGGAACUUUCUCGGGCUCGGACAGCUAGUGACCAAUUGCAAAGUGAAGGUAUUGAACCAACUGACCUUUUGAUUGUCAAUCCUGCUGACCUAGAAACACUUUAUGGGAAGAUUAGCUUUUAUAGUCAUUCAUAACCUUCUUACUGCUAUUUGUAAACUUCCUCAGGUUGUGGAUUGUUCUGCUUUGCAGGAAUUAUCUGCUUGGAGCCAUGCAUACUUUAUAACAAUCUCUGGCAAAACCUCAGAAAAGAGAUAUGCUCUUGUCUCAGGCGGAUGUCAGAGGCUGUGGCAGAGCCCAGUGAGAACACUCCUCGGGCGCCAGUCCUCCAACAGAGGGACAGGCUCUGGGAGCUGUCUUCUCUGAGGAGUAUGACACAGUUAGAGAAGGAAAAAGAGCUCCAAGCAGAGCACAGGCGAGAGUGAAAUCAGAGAGGGGCUCUUUGAAGAACGCACGGUUGCAGCUGGACUCUGGUACUCACCUGCCGGCUAGACGCUGAAAGUCUGCCAACUUGGGUCCAAGAAAAGGGACAGGACAUGGCCUAUGAAGUGAAUCUGGAUUCCCUCAAGGAGUUAGAGCAGGAGAUCAUCCUUCAGGUCCUCCACCGAGAUCAGGCUGUGCGAAGCAUAGAGGAGGAAAGGAUACGGAGACUGAAGACACAGCUGCAGCAUCUCUGGUGGAGAGGAGUGAAGGGCUCCAGCUGCGAGUACAAGGACAAGUGCUGUGCGCGCUGCCAGCGGACACUGGGGCGGCUGCUGAACCGGGGUGCCGUGUGCCAGGGCUGCAGCCACCGUGUGUGCUCCAAGUGCCGCGUGUUCCUGCACAGGACCUGUACCUGGAGGUGCACCAUGUGCUUCGAGGACAGGCCCAAAAUUCAUAUCGACUCUCUGAGGCAUCCUUUCUGCUUACUUUUCAGAAAUGUGAAAAUAAAAACUGGAGAAUGGUUCUUUGAGGAACGAGCCAAGAAAUUUCCUACUGAAGGCAAACGGGAGACAGUUGGGGCAAAACUCCUGCAAUCUUAUCAGAGGCUGAGCACAAUCUCCGUGGUUCCUCCUACUCCACCUCCACUCAGUGACAGCCAGUGCAGUGGCAGCCCUGGCAGGUUCCAGGAACUUGGUCAGUUUAAAGGAUUUAAUAAGUCGGUGGAAAAUUUGUUUCUGUCUGUUGCCACCCACAUGAAAAAGCUUUCCAAGUCCCAGAAUGACAUGACCUCUGAGAAGCAUCUUCUAGCCACGAGCCCCAGGCAGUGGGCAGGCCAGAUGGAGAGACGGAGCCAGUCAGACACUGCUGUCAACAUCAUCACCAGGAAGGUCAGCACACCAGAUAUUCUGAAAUCUCUCCUUCAAGAAUAUCCCAAACACUCUACUAGCCCUGUUUUGAAGCAAGAGACUCUCCCAUCCAUUUCAACUCCUACCACUUUGUUCUCUGGAGGCUUGAGACACGGAAGUAUAAUUAGCAUUAGCAGCACUUGCACAGAAACGAGUAAUUUUGACAACACUGACGUCACUGGAGAAAUAGAAUUUGCCAUUCGUUAUUGCUUCAAAACUUAUUGUUUAGAAAUAUGCAUCAAGACCUGUAAGAAUCUUGCCUAUGGAGAAGAAAAGAAGAAAAAAUGCAAUCCGUAUGUAAAGACCUACCUGCUGCCUGACAGGUCCUCCCAGGGGAAGCGCAAGACUGGAGUCCAGAAGAACACACUGGACCCAAUCUUUCAGGAGACUUUGAAGUACCAGGUGGACCCUGCCCAGCUGGUGACCCGGCAGCUGCAGGUCUCUGUGUGGCACGUGGGCACGCUCGCCCGAAGGGUGUUCCUUGGUGAAGUGAUUGUUCCUCUGGCCACAUGGGACUUUGAAGACAGUGCAACACAGUCUUUCCACUGGUAUCCGCUCCGAGCCAAGGCUGAGAAAUAUGAAGAUAGUGUUCCUCAGAAUAAUGGAGAACUUGCUGUUCGGGCCAAACUGGUCCUUCCUGCAGAGCCUAGAAAGCUCCAGGAAGCUAAAGAAGGAGAUCAGCCAUCACUUAAUGGUCAACUUUGUUUGGUGGUGCUGGGAGCCAAGAAUUUACCUGUGCGGUCAGAUGGCACCUUAAACUCAUUUGUUAAAGGAUUUCCUAAGAAAAUCCAACAUAGCAGCUACUGAAGACCCUGAUUUCCAAGAAUUCUUGGAAUUUGGAAUGCUGAGGCUUGAUUUGGAAUAGUGUGUUUUAACCUGAACCUCUUAUCUUCUUACUCCUUGUUAUAUCAAUAAAUCAGCUUUGAAAUCAAGUACAAAAAAGUAGUGUUAGUAAAUAUUUCCUUAGCUUAAAACUUCUCUUGGAUUAGCUGACACAUGCAUGAGUCCACCUUUUAUUCUGAGUCAGUGCAGGUGUGUUCGUUAUCUCCAAAAGUAAAGUAAACAACAUUAAUUAUAUUGAAAUGCUGAAUCCCCAGUCACUGACAGAAUGAGAAAAUGACAGCCUGCUUUGUCAAGACAGAACACUUGUGUUCUAAUCCUGUCUCUUCUUUGUAUGGCCUUGGGUCAGCUGAGUUAGCUUUUUAAAAUUUAUUUUCCUGAGAACAGAGGAAAGUGAGAUUGUAUGUAUAAAGCCCUGGUCACUGUAGCACAGAAUGUGCCAUCAAAUAGUGAUUGGUAGAGAUUAUGACGACCACGUGGUCUCAGAAAUCCACUUUGAGGGUAAUACCUGAGGCAGAAUCCACCUCUGAAAAAUCCUAGCAAAAGGGACAUGGCCUUGUAAUGUCCAUCCUAGUUCAUGGCAGAGAAUGGUAUUUACGUUGGAUGCAGCACUUGGUGUUUAGUUUGCACCCAAGUGGAAGAGGGGACAUGUUGAUGGCAGUGGUCACAGGGUCUGUGU